AUGAUAUCGGUCCGCAACAUUACUUCGUCCGAACGAGGUAAUGUCGUCUGCGCCGAUCUUCCAUACUUGGCUGUUGCGACUCCGAACGAAGAACCACCGAUAGCCGGUGAUCUCACGGAUCGGCAAUACGAAGCCGGUGUAAGUGCCGUCGAAUUCUUCGAAGAUGGGGAAUUCGCAUCAGCUGCUGACGACGAAAACAACGAGCUUCUCGAUGCAGGGAGCGAAAGCGACAGCGACAGCGACGUUGAGGAUGACGAUGAUCUCGACUUAGCGACACGCUUACGCAUGUUCCGACCGGCAGAAGCUCCUGCAGAACCAGGAUCGUACGAGGCUAACGCUAUAGCCUUCUUCGCUGGCUAUACGGCCAACAAGUUGUCCAAGGUGCACCCUUGUGACUGUUGUCGGGAUAUUCUGGCCAAAAAGGUAUCCGAUACGGUCAAUGCUAACGAAAGGUAUACGGUAUGCCGAGAAUACGUAAGUGACGACACGUACCUAGUUACGUCGUUGAAAAGACCAACUGACAGGUAUUAUAAGAUUGUCGAAGCUCAGCUUCAGUCUUUUCUUCCAGUGUUCAUCCAGCACAAGCACGAGGGUGGCAUACUGAGGAAGCUCGUUGCUCACGCAAUUGAUGCAACGACCAAAAUUGACCCGCAGUGGUUCGACGAGUCUGAUCCGUGCAACAACCAUAGGAUCUUCGCCGUACGGUUCAUGUUGAGGGUGAAACUUCAACGUUAUUGCCAGCUCGACAACCGGGCUGCCAAAUCGAAGAGCCAAGAGAAGCGUCGUGCAGCUGCGGCGAAACGAAAUGCUCUCAAGCCAGUCAGGAAGAUGCGAAACAUCCUCCAUACCCACGGUUGA